AUGUUUCCUCCAGCAAAGAACGGCAGAGACAGGCCAAUCGUUGCUGACUGGAUGGCGGGUGUCCAGUCCCUUCUUCCCGCAGUGGACUUUGAUCACCCCAAUGACAGUGCUGAACCUAAUCGUCAUCCGGAUAUUAGUGCCAUUGAUUUUUCAACCGACGACUUCAAUUUCGCGACAGAUCUAACAGACGACGUAUUCUCAAACCGACUGCCUCUACUAUGCGAUGGUACAUUUGACGAUUUCUUUUCAUUCGAUCACGAUGCCAAGAUCUUAUCUUACAGUGGCAGUGACAAUUCCUACCCCAUCUCCCCAUUGACAGAGAUGGCCCAAUCAGCCAACACGCGCGCCGACGACGAUCAACGCAGUCGCAGCCCCCGAUCCAAGCGAGCCAACACCACCACUUCCACUACUGCAGGAACACAGCAGCAGCAGCAGCGUGACACACCGGAUCUCAGGUGCUGGGACCACGGGUGUAACGGGCAGUUGUUUACGACGCUGAGCAACCUGAAGCGGCACCAGAAGGAGAAGUCCAGCCAGCGGCCCUCUUACCCGUGUAAUAUGUGCGGAGCCAUCUUUAGUCAAUUCGACGACAUUCUAAUGGGAGGGUACGGCCGAAUAGAGCGUUGA